AUGUCCAGACAAAAGUUGUUGGUACUGGAGCAAAAGUCGGUAAGUACAGCAACUUGAUCAUCUUAUAGCGGUUUUAACAUAUAUUUCCGAAUCCUUUAGAUGAGUUCAGAACUCUUCUCCUUAAUGCAUGGUGCAUUGGUUGUGGAGAUACUUAGAGAUACGAGAGGAGAUCCGGAACAAACCAAUAAAGCCUUGGAUCAGAUCGGAUUUAAUAUGGGGGUUAAGUUGGCUGAUGAUUUCUUGGCAAAGAUCCCCAAGGCUAGCAAAUGCUCUGAUAUUGCACAAACGGCCGAACUGAUAGCCAAACAAGCCUUGAAGUCAUACCUAGGUAGGAGCCUUACAAUUUGUUUUUACUGUUUUAGAUACCCCGGCCACGGUCUCGUUCCAAUCAGCGACUGUGUUUACCCUGGAGUUAGAGUCCAAUCCCUUGAUCAAUGGGUUUGUGGAGAUUCCGCCAGAGUUUUCUGGACUCAAAUAUUCGACAAUUGCUGCUGGGGCAAUCCGUGGCGCCUUGAAUGCUGUGAAUCUGGAUGUGGAGACCGAGGUUAUAGCAGAUACACCUGAUCCUACCGUCAUCAAGUGUACAUUUAAAAAUAUUAUUCAUGAAAUAUUACCACCUUCCGAAGACUAG